AUGGCAACGUGGUGGAGUACGGCAACAGUGACUUCUGGCAGUCCUUCGGCCCAUGGAGGUGCAAGCGUUGAUGAGAACGAGCGCUUCACGCGAGACUACAAGAACCUGGAGGUCUUCAGACAGACGGCGGCCAAGGAUGUGCUGAUCGUCUGCCACGAGGAGGGCACGGCGCUCGGCUGGCGAACAUGGAAGCUGCUUGAGACGAAGCCUCUCCGGGACUGGUUCAAUCACAGCCAACGCUUGUUCCGGGAAUCUGGCGAGGGUCGAGUGUGCAGAUCUCUUCUCAGACAACUGGCGCGGACGCGCGCUCUACGUCAACUCAACCGCAUCUCCACUACCAACAACGGGCCAGGGAACCAUGGAUCUGGCCUGGGAACCCAGUGUGACCAAACUAAUUGCGACUUGACUUCUUCUCGGCCCACCGCGGAUGCCGAGAUGCGUGCGGAGCACGCCAACUGGGGCUCCAGCGGCGGCAUUGGCGGCCGAAUCGGCUCCGACCGCAAGCGCAACCAUGGCUGCCCCUGGACCAUUUCCGGGUACGACUACGACUACGCCAUCUUCGUCAUGCGGGGCACUUUCUCUGACAUAGCUUUUGGCGGUGCGACAAAAUCGAAGCUGCGCCGCAGUGUUCCUGAGAAAAAAUGCACCCUGCGACGUACGAAGCUGCCCGGCCAGAUCCUGAUCACACACGUAGCUUGCAACCUAGCUAGCAGUGCAAGCGUUGAUGAGAACGAGCGCUUCACGCGAGACUACAAGAACCUGGAGGUCUUCAGCCAGACGGCGGCCAAGGAUGUGCUGAUCGUCUGCCACGAGGAGGGCACGGCGCUCGGCUGGCGAACAUGCUUGAGACGAAGCCUCUCCGGGACUGGUUCAAUCACAGCCAACGCUUGUUCCGGGAAUGGCGCGGACGUGGGGAACCUCAUCGAGUGGGAGCCUGUGAUCGCGAACAAGCGCGACGGAACAGGCGCACUCUACGUCAACUCAGGCUCCUCUGGCAACGACUUCAACCGCAUCUCCACUACCAACAACGGGCCAGGGAACCAUGGAUCUGGCCUGGGAACCCAGUGUGACCAAACUAAUUGCGACUUGACUUCUUAUCGGCCCACCGCGGAUGCCGAGAUGCGUGCGGAGCACGCCAACUGGGGCUCCAGCGGCGGAUUGGCGGCCGAAUCGGCUCCGACCGCAAGUGCAACCAUGGUUGCCCCUGGACCAUUUCUUCCGGGUGCAAGCGUUGAUGAGAACGAGUGCUUCACGCGAGACUACAAGAGCCUGGAGGUCUUCAGACAGACGGCGGCCAAGGAUGUGCUGAUCGUCUGCCGCGAGGAGGGCACGGCGCUCGGCUGGCGAACAUGGAAGCUGCUUGAGACGAAGCCUCUCCGGGACUGGUUCAAUCACAGCCAACGCUUGUUCCGGGAAUCUGGCUGGCGAGGGUCGAGUGUGCAGAUCUCUUCUCAGACAACUGGCACGGACGCGGGGAACCUCAGAGCCUUUGAUCGCGAACAAGCACGACGGAACGGGCGCGCUCUACGUCAACUCAACCGCAUCUCCACUACCAACAAUGGGCCAGGGAACCAUGGGUCUGGCCUGGGAACCCAGUGUGACCAAACUAAUUGCGACUUGACUUCUUAUCGGCCCACCGCGGAUGCCGAGAUGCGUGCGGAGCACGCCAACUGGGGCUCCAGCGGCGGCAUUGGCGGCCUAAUCGGCUCCGACCGCAAGUGCAACCAUGGUUGUUCCUGGACCAUUUCUUCCGGGUACGACCACGACUACACCAUCUUCGUCAUGCGGGGCACUUUCUCUGACAUAUGUGCAAGCGUUGAUGAGAACGAGCGCUUCACGCGAGACUACAAGCGCCUGAAGGUCUUCAGCCAGACGGCGGCCAAGGAUGUGCUGAUCGUCUGCCACGAGGAGGGCACGACAACUGGCGCGGACGUGGGGAACCUCAUCGAGUGGGAGCCUUUGAUCGCAAACAAGCACGACGGAACAGGCGCACUCUACGUCAACUCAGGCUUCUCUGGCAACGACUUCAACCGCAUCUCCACUACCAACAACGGGCCAGGGAACCAUGGGUCUGGCCUGGGAACCCAGUGUGACCAAACUAAUUGCGACUUGACUUCUUAUCGGCCCACCGCGGAUGCCGAGAUGCGUGCGGAGCACGCCAACUGGGGCUCCAGCGGCGGCAUUGGCGGCCUAAUCGGCCCCGACUGCAAGCGCAACCAUGGCUGCCCCUGGACCAUUUCUUCCGGGUACGACUACGACUACGCCAUCUUCGUCACGCGGGGCACUUUCUCUGACGUAGCUUUUGGCGGUGCGACAAAAUCGAAGCUGCGCCGCAGUGUUCCUGAGAAAAAAUGCACCCUGCGACGUACGAAGCAGCCCGGCCAGAUCCUUAUCACACACAUAGCCUGCAACCUAGCUAGCAGCUCCUGA